AUGUGGACGUUCAGUGCUAUAGGCCGCGAGAGUAGGGAGUCGAGCUCCAGCAGUAGAGCAGCGAGUAGCAGUGAUGCUGCUCCUCAAGUCGAAGAAGCCGAGGGUAACAUGAACCGGGAGAACGUCUCGAACAAGAUCGCCGCCGGCAUGGACCGGUGGCAGAACACACUCGAGGACAUGAUCAACCUGAGGUCUUCUAACAACACCGUCUUUAAGGACUACUAUUGGGCUCAAAAUGGUUUCGAUGAGCUCCGUCGCUAUGUAAAGCAGGGAAGCGACUUCAGCAAAGAACUAUCAUCCAUAUUGCAAGAGAGAAUUGAAGCAGAAAUAUACUACGCAAAGUGCUUGGCUAAACUUGGGACGAAGCUGACGAAGGCUUGCAAGGAGAGCGUCGGCUCGUGCGCCGAGGCAUGGAAACAUGUCGCACUCGAGAUGGAGAAACGGUCGGAAAUUCACAGAAAUUACUCAAGUGCUUUAUCCGACGAGCUAGUGAAACCAAUGAAACAUGUAAUCGACAAUCAAUUGAAACUUAGGAAGAAGAUCGAAGGUAACGUUGACAAGACUACGCGAUCUCUCGGAGAAUGGAGAACAGCGGAGGCAAAGUCUAAGAAACAUUCCCACACGGCGGCGCGGGAGAACGAAAAGUUACAGGACGCCUCGUUGGAGAUUAGCCGUCUGUCGCGUAGUUCGAGCGUGGGACACAUACCACAUGCGCACUCUAUCCUGAGCGCGGCACGGGCAGAGCGGCUGCCAAAUGCGACGAGCGAGAAGGACGCAGCUAAACUUCAGGUCAAGAAAAGGAAGACGGAAGAUGCUGUGAAAAAAACUGAAGUUGAAUAUUAUAAUGUGUGCGUGCACGCCGAACGGGCUAGGUUGGAAUGGGAGUCAAGCGUAGUGAAGGGAGCUGGCAUGCUGGAGUCUCUUGAGGAAGAGAGACUAGCCCAGCUCAAGACAGCUGCUGAUUGCUACCUCAGGCUGACAUCCGCCGUGCCUGCACAAUUAGCGGAGGCCACAAAUAUUUUGGUGAAUCCGAUAAAGAAUGCGAACGCCAACACUGACAUGAGAGUAGUUCGUGGAGUCCGUUCAGCACAGACUGGAGCUAGUGAGCAACUGCUGCCAGACUUCUACUGCGAACAUACCACGCUUGCUAUGAACAAGGAACGACGUAAGCAGGCACUGCUAAAGAUCCUGCAGUUAGUAAAACAAGACAUUGACAGGGAAAGGAAAUCCAAGCAGGGGCUUGAGAAACUGUCGAUGGCCAUCAAGCAGACACCCACUUUUGGAAAUGACGAUUCACAACAAAAUGUGGCUGACAAACUGUACCAUAUGAGAAGUAUGCUGACAUAUUUGGAGGCAGUGAGGUAUAAAAUAACGGCUAGUCUUAACGAGCUGGACAAUAGACCGCCGGUACAGCAUCCACUGGCAGCACACAUACAGAUCAUAAGGGACAAACAAGGACUGCAGCAAAGUAUACUAAAGGUACCACCAUGGCUUCAAGCCGACUACCAAAAUGAGGUGAACAAAAACCUGACACCAAAUUACACGGCUUUGACGAAGAGCGUAAAUGGUGGAGAGGAGAGGGAGCGGAGAGACUCCAUCAUGAGCAGAGCCUCUAGUAAAUUGAGGAUAGAACACCUCUCAUUUAGGAGGAACACAGACAACAAGAGUGCACCAGUUACACCAGUUGUUGACAUCCCCACGCCCCCGCUCCAGAAACAGACUGUGGAAACACCAAACCCACCUGAAAGUCCACUAGAUUGGAGCGAGCGUGGUGCUGGUGAUGGUCUGUCCAACCAACAAGAUAGUGACUUUGACGAGUUUUCAUCACAAAGUGAUAGCUCGACGGAUUUGACUGAUAUUAUGAAGAAUGAGAACGGGGACACGGUGCCACAGACGCCGUCGUUGGGCAAAUGCCGAGCGCUGUACACUUACGAGGCGAGACUUAAUGACGAACUUAAUUUGACUCCAGGAGACAUAAUAAAUAUACACGAGAAACAAGCCGAUGGGUGGUGGAGCGGAGACUUGAACGGCAUCUAUGGAAUUUUCCCUUCAUCCUAUGUGGAAGAAAUUACCACUUGCAUAUAAGUAUACUUACAAAAAACUGACCAAGAGGAUCACAUAAGUAAUACAAAAAUGGGUAAAAAAUUAACAGACUACAAAAAGAU